AUGUCCGACGAACAACGUAAUGCUAUGGGUCCUGUUAUGGAUGCUACAUCUGAAAUUCAAAAACUAAGUGAACAACCAGAAGUUAUAUUCUCAGCUAUUGAUGCUCUCUAUAGAAAACAUAAAGAGCAUAAAAUACAUCGUUUUACAGAAGAAAAUCGAGAAAAACAUAUAGCUAAUUGGAAAGUAACAAAAUAUGCUGAAGAAAAAGUUGCUUAUGGUACUAAUUAUUUCUUAAAAGUAUGUAUUGGUGAUGGUUUGUAUCUUCAUAUGCGUGUUCAUCGUCAUCCAAAUCAAGAUAAAUAUGAUUUUUAUGCAUUACAUGAAACUAUUAAACAUAAUAUUGCAACAUGUGUAUUCACAGAAGAUGAUCCAUUAAUUUAUUUCAAUUAUUAA